AUGAUUUCAACAAAUAACAGUACCACUAAUCAUAGUGCGUCCAACAACAACACUAAUAAUAAUAAUAAUACUACUGCUACUACAACAUGUUUUGAAGCGAUAGCUAUUAGAGAUCACAAAUCAAUUCACCUGUCUCAACUGUCUUUUAAAAAGGGUGAUACUAUCUGGGUCUUUGAAACUGCCCCAACUGGUUGGAGUAGAGGUGAAUGUAAUGGUAAAAGAGGUCUAUUUCCUCAUUCUUAUGUUGUCAGUGCCAAUAAUAAUAAUAAUCAUAGUAAUAGUAACAAUAAUAACAUUAAUCUGCCACCCAACAGUUCAACACAUGAUUCAGUUGACUCUACUACUUUAUCAACAGAAAGACAAAAUGUACUGUCCAUUCAACAUGUCUCUCUGCCAACGGCAGCUGAUUUGAAAAAAACACCACCUACACCUCCACCAAGAUCAUCACCACCUUCAUUAGGUAGUCCAGAGUUGGUCACCACCGGUAGAUCAUCGCCAAUUCCUUUACUGACCGUCCCUGCCACUGGAGGAAAUACAAAAUUAUCUCCAAGAUUCAAUGUCAACAAAGAGUUGUUGGAGAAUUCAAUAUCAACUCUCAGAAGUGGUUCACCUGUAUUUGUACAAGAUUCCAUGCAAGGAGAUGACGAUGACGAAACUGGAUUCAAAAAACAUGGUAGAAAGAAUAGUGGUCCAAGUAGUUUUAUCUCUAGAGGAGAGGAAACCGAAUCUUCACUAAAUCAUAGUAGUGGAAAUAUUGGAAUAAAUCCUGCCCUCUCCCCCAUUUCAGAGGGUGACCAAAAUCAAUCUACCCUCUACAGUAACACAAGUAAUAAUAACAAUAAUAGCAACACCGAUCAACAAAGCAAAUAUAAAACUCUUCCACACAAUCAUCUAAAAGUGAGAAAACCACUUUCCUCAAUUACAUCUCAACCACAAACAACAGAUGAACCAACAACACCAACUCUAAACUUACCAUCGACACAAACAAAUCAACCGUCUCAACCUUCAUCAUCAUCAUCGACACAAACAAGACCAAGCAUACAAAAACCAAGAAUUACAGUUGACCAAAUCAACACAGAGAUACCCUAUUAUAUCAGUAGAUGUGUUGUUCCACAUAAAAAGCAAUCAUAUGAUGAGAUACCCCUCAACAUGGGUGACUUGGUGAUUGUAUACAAUCAGAGUAAUAUUUAUGGUGAGUGGUGGAUCGGAAAGAUUGGUCAGACUUUUGGAGUAUUCCCAAAGCAAUGUGUAGAAAUCAUAAAAGAUAUAUCACCCAAAAAUCAACCAACAACAGCAACCAACAAUCUUUCCAAUGCCACCAAAACUCCACCAUCAUCAUUUACACCUCCAAAACCAUUUGCCAACAACAAUAUCAGCAUCACACCCAACAAUCUUACGCCUCCCAAUUCAUCAUCUCCAACAAUACAAUCCAAACACCAACACAACAACCAACACGAACAAAAUCCAAAUACCUCUCCCGAUGCAGAUGAUGCCGAACAACAAAGAUUGUUGGCAAGAAAGAAAAUUGAAGAAUCAUUGUCACACCUCCAAACCAAAGAAGAGGUGAUGGAAGCUUUGACAUCGAUGGCUUUGAAAUUCGUUGCAUUAAAGAAGGAACUUGAACAAGAGAGAACUCUAAGGGAGGCUUUUGAAAAACAACUAUAUCAGUUGACUUCAAAACACCCAAAAUAA